GAAAGGAUCAUAGAGCUUUCGGACGCGGUCAGUGGGUUUCGAGCCUGAUGUCUUCAGCCACGUGGAAAUGCUUCGGUGUGCACUGAAAUAAUUAAAGCUUCUUCGAUUAUUUUAUUGGUUUGUCAGCAGAAGACAGGAUUUCUUAAUACGCUAACCGUUAGCAGUGAGAAGAAGUUGAAAAUCUGACCCGGACUCACUGUUGUCUCUGGAGCAGGGAUCCAUUGUCCGGACACCGUCAUAAACAUCUCCUGACUCAUACAGUUGUGUACUUUGAGGCCUUGACUACUACAGAAGCCACACUUGCAUUUGACCCCAAGGACUACAUCAAGUCAAUUCACACCCAUAGAGUGAAAGUGAUUGAGACCUUCAGUGAAGCUCCUCCUACAACAAUCCACCAAUAAAUGCUGGAGACAAACACACAGAGAAAUCACUCCAUGUGUGACAACUGAAAUCUUCAUGACAUAAUGUUGAUGCUGGUGAAAGAGGAGCUUGAGAAGAUGACAGAUCCACAACCAUGCAGAAUACAGAAUGAAGAUACUGAGGAACAAAUAGAUAUGAUGGAAAUAAGCACGGAUCAUCUACUUGAACUGAAUGAAGUGGAUGAGAAACAUCAGAAUGUGAAAAGAAACCAUAAUGUUUCACAGAAAGGAACAGAAGACAUAAACUGUGAAAAUAGUUUCAGUGAAGAUGAACGCCCUGCAGAUCACAAGAGUGAAGAGAAACCUUUCAAAUGUCAACAGUGUGAAAAGAGUUUCACUUUUCCAUCGAGCCUUAGCAAGCACAAGAAAGCUCACAUGGUGGGAAAGCAACACGCGUGCCAGCAUUGUGACAAGAGUUUCCCAUAUAAAAGUGAACUUCAGAUACACGUAAGAGUUCACACUGGAGAGAGACCUUACACAUGUCAUCAAUGUGGAAAGAGUUUCACAAGUAAAUGUGUUCUUAACAAACACAUGAGAAUUCACACUGAAGAGAAACCAUUCACUUGUCAUCUGUGCGGAAACAGUUUCAGAAGUAAAACUGAGCUUAAGCUUCACACAAGAAUUCACACUGGAGAGAAACCAUUCACUUGUCAUCUGUGCGGAAACAGUUUCAGAAGUAAAAGUACCCUUAAGUUUCACAUAAGAAUUCACACUGGAGAGAAACCGUUCACAUGCCAUGAGUGUAAAAAAAGUUUCGGAAGUAAGAGAACCCUAACAGCACACAUGACAAUUCACACUGGAGAGAAACCUCACGCAUGUCUUCAGUGUGAAAAGAGUUUCAUAGAAAAACGUGGACUUGAGACUCACAUGAGAAGUCACACUGGAGAGAAACCUUACAUAUGCUCUCAGUGUGAAAAAAGUUUUUCAAGCAAACAGACUCUUAAGAAACACAUGAAAGUGCACACUGGAGAGAGACCAUUCACAUGUCAUCACUGUGCAAAGGGUUUUAUAACGAAACGUGAGCUUAAUAUACAUGUGAGAGUUCACACUGGAGAGAGACCGUUCACUUGUCAUCACUGUGGAAAGAGUUUUAAAGUAAAAAAUGAACUUAAUAGUCACCUAAAAAUUCACACUGGAGAGAAACCUCACACUUGUCAUGUUUGUGGAAAGAGUUUCAGAAUAAAAGUUAACCUUAACAUACACAUGAGGAUUCACACCGGAGAGAAACCAUAUCCGUGCCAUCACUGUGAAAAGAGAUUUACAACUGCAGGUAACCUUCAGAAACAUUUGAGAAUUCACACUGGAGAGAAACCUUACACUUGUCAACAGUGUGGAAAGAGUUUCAGGUUUAAAUGUAGCCUUAAGAUACACACAAGAAUUCACACUGGAGAGAAUCUGUUCACAUGCCAUAAGUGUGAAAAAGGUUUCGGAAGUAAAGGCAACCUUACGACACACAUGGCAAUUCACAUGGAAGAGAAACCUCACACAUGUCUUCAGUGUGGAAAGAGUUUCGGUUUGAAGUCUAUUCUUAAGGCACACAUGAUGAUUCACAGUGAAAAGAAACCUCACGCGUGUCUUCAGUGUGAAAAGAGUUUCAGAGAUAAAACGAGACUUGAGACUCACAUGAGAAGUCACACUGGAGAGAAACCUUACAAAUGUCUUCACUGUGAAAAGAGUUUUACAAAUGAAGUUGCUCUUAAGACACACAUGAGAAGUCACACUGGAGAAAAACCGUUCACAUGUCAACAGUGUGGAAAGAGUUUUACAAUGAAACGUGGCCUUAAUGAACACCUAAGAAUUCACACUGGAGAGAAACCGUUCACUUGUCAUCACUGUGAAAAGAGUUUUACAACUGCAGGUGAACUUAGGAAACAUUUCAGUAUUCACACUGGAGAGAAACCAUACGGGUGUCAACAGUGUGAAAAGCGAUUCAGGGCAAAAUAUCAACUUAAUUCACAUUUGAUCACUCACACUGAAGAGAAACCAUUCACAUGCCAUGAGUGUAAAAAGAGUUACAAAACAAAAUCAAACCUUAACAAACACAUGAGAAUCCACACUCAAUAGAAACCAUUCAUGUGUCAACAGUGUGGAUAUGGCAACAAAGUUUAGAAAUCAGCUGAGGUCUUAUUAAUAAAACUGUCUAAAAAUGUAGCUGUUUAGUCAAGAAAAUAGAUAAAAUUUAAAUCGGUGGUAAGUUACUGAAGAUAGCGCCUAUAUUAACAUUUCCUCUGAUGAUUUUGGAUAUGUGAGUUCAAGUUGAUCAGCGGGCAGUCAGUGUCGUGUACACCGCCGAGGGCAGAUUUAUCACUGCAAGUCCUUCUGAAAUUUGCCGCUGUCUCAUUGCAGCUGCUCUGCCCUUCAGUGUCUGAUCAUUAAACAUGAAAUAUUUCUGUAGCGGUAAACAAGCUUCCAAAUUUCCAAUUUUAUCCCUUGUUUCUUAACCACCGUGAGAGGUGAUGAUGCAAUGUUUCUGACGCGUACAAAGUAGCAUAAAAUCCAAAGAGGCUUGUUGAUGUUUUCUACUGAUAACUUUAUUGUAUCAAAAUUAAAGAUGCAUUUUAACUAGAUUUUUUCUUGUGUUUACUUCAUGUUGUACAAAAGUAUGUACUUUUAAACGACUGGUUGUGUUUUAUAUAAUUUUUCUUUUUAUAAUAAACACAUUGAAGCUAUUCAGCUGUCCGUGUA